GUAAUGUCUUAGUACAUAGUUCAUGUCAUUGAACUACCUUACCUACUUUCGUAAGUAGGUGAGUAUUUCUACACUUAAAUCUCACAAAUUAAGCGGAAAUUACAGUAUUUGCCCACAUUGGCUUUUGAAUUCUAGGCAGUUUAUCUCCGGGGGGGGAAUGUUGUUUUCUGCUGAGCAGUCUUGGCUUGCUCCUUCCCGGAGGCACCCGGUGUACUUCAACCCCAGAACUGGAAAGUACGACAGGUGGUAACUGCCCAUAUGAAACUAGCCAGUGGAACUGUUCCCCGUCCGUCUUCAGUAAGUUAAACGUCAAAUAGUCACGCAUGACUGAAGCCCCCAAGUUCUUUUUCCUCCACUCAGUGGUACCCAGCGUCAUGCACUGGGAAUUAUCAGCUUGAAAGACAAGAAUACGCCAAGAUGCCUCCUAAGAGGGGAACCAAAAGAAAGGCAGACACCGAACCUGAUUCUCCUUCGGAUGUGCCGAACGACGUCUUCGUCGAUGACGAGCCAAGGCGAGCGACACACGCGCCAAAUCGCGCCAGAGGCAAAAGUCUUUCCCGCCUUGCGAAGGAUGAUGACGAUGGAGGCUAUGAAGGUGCUCUCGAUUUCGAGGGAUGGACAAAAUGGCUAGAGAAGCUCAGCAAGAGCGAAAGGAGACAGUCCAAGAACCAACUCGAUAACUUCCAGAACAAGGUUGACAAGCAAGCCAAUCAAGUUCGAGCUCUUCUCGACACACGAGAGAGUAGAAUGAAACAACACAACCAAGAUUUGGCGGGAGCCUUCGGAGAGACCUAUUCUGCAGCGAUCCAGCCGGCUGCUUCACCCCAUUUGCCGUAUCAACAGUUGAAGGGGAUUGGCAGAGAGAGAUCCGAGCUCUUCCAUGCAGCACAGGCAAUCAUCGGAGAUAGCCAUGCACUUCUCAAGCUGUACAAAGACACAGAUGAAGGUCUCAAGUCCCGACAGCUUGAAACGCCUGCCACUGUCUGGAAGAAGGAUAAGGAUGACCUCAAAGAGGUUCUCGCUUGUGGACGCGAAAUCGGCGAGAAUCUCGUCGAGCGCCAUUUGGCUCCACGCACCCAUUCCCAGCCGGAUCCAAACUUGAGCAAGGAGAGUGAGCAUUUCAAGACGGCCUUAGAACUCUUCAAAGACAGCCGCAAUGCACUGGAGGGUGAGAGCUGGGGCACGGUAGCAGCUGAGCAGGUCAAACGACUCAAGAACCUAGCUAUCACAAUCCCGUCGAAGCAUUUCAAAUGAACAGUUCUCUUCGCGACGUAAGAGGUACUUUGCUAAGGGUAUCACAGGGUAUCACAUGGUAUAUAGCUGACGGACACAAAUUGGUGCUAACAUAUACGGCAAAAGAUUCCGAGAUUGCAAGAAUAUGAAGAGGGGUUGAGAUAAGAUAGACAGUAGAAAAUUAAUAAGAAAAAACACAACAUGAUGGAUCGUUACACUUUGGGCUUGAGGUCCUAUCGAAGA